CUCAGAAGCUAGAUGUUUGGGCCAAAACCAAGUAUGGAGAUAGUCAAAAUACCAAUUCAUUUUGUGCAUUGACAAAGAAAAUAAUUUCUUGAAAUACACACAUGAAACUAAUAAUCAGUAGCUACCUAGUACCUUCAAAAAUUUUAUUGAUUAAAGGACUCCAAAGAAAAAGAUAGUUACUUCAUGUUACUUCUAUCGUCUCCUGAAAUCUUAUUGUUACUCACCUGCAUUUUCAAGAGAAAUUAACAGCUAUUAUAAACUGUAUGUGCUUUCUGUGUUUCUUAUUGUGCAGGAACUUGUUUUGAGUGUGUGUGUUUUUAGGUAAUAGCAUAAUCAUGAAGGCUAGUGCUUGUACCAUCUCAGUGAACAAGACAAUAGUCUCCAGUUUGUGGUAAAUAAUGGUGUUCUCUGAAUCAGAAAGUGUUGCCUAUGGCGGCAUCAAAACAGGAUCACAGUUACAAGCACCACAAUCACCGCACAAGGGAUUAACAGCAGAUCCAUCCAUUUCUUCCUUAAGCAAACAGAAUUUCAUUUUCUCACUUACUCUCGACGAAAUUCAACUUAAUAGUGGGAAGACUUUUGGGUCCAUGAACAUGAAUGAAUUCCUUGCCAACUUGUGGAAUGUGGAGGAAAACCAAGUUCCGUCACAACUCAACCAAAACGAACCUAUGGAUGACAAAGGCAUAGGAAGCCAACCGACUUUAGCACGACAAGGCUCUUUUUCCAUCCCUACCCCUCUUUGCAAGAAAACAGUGGAUGAGUUAUGGUUUGAGAUACAGAAAGACCUACCACAGCAGCGAAAAGCUAACGACAUUACUGAUCAUGAACCUCCUCAGCGGCAACGCGCAACACAACGAACAUUUGGAGAGAUGACUUUGGAGGAUUUUCUCAUCAAAGCAGGAGUUGUUCAAGAACCAUCAGGAUCUUCCCAGCAAGAGAAGGUGAACCCUACCAGGACCAAUGGCACAAUUUUGGAUGCAAACUAUGGAAUGGGGCAUGUGAUAGGAUCUUCUCAACAAAAAAUGUUGACACCAAUUCAAUGUAACAAUGCAAGCCUCGAGGCAAACUUCGGAAUGGGACAUGUGAUGGGGCUAGGAUUCCCAGGCCACCAAAUUGUUGCCAACAACUUGCCAGCAGCAGGCAAUGGUUACGCCACAACAUACCCGAUUUUCACACAGACUAAAACUAUUAUGGGGGAAUCCUCUAAUGGUGCUGAAAAUGGGAAUGGCACUAAUAGAUUGUUAGAACCUGUUGUUCUAAAGAACAAGAAGAGGAUCAUAGAUGGUCCACCAGAAUUAGUAGUGGAAAGGAGGCAGCGCCGCAUGAUUAAGAAUCGAGAGUCUGCAGCAAGAUCCCGAGCAAGGAAACAGGCAUAUACAGUGGAGUUGGAAUUAGAGUUGAAUCAGCUUAAACAGGAGAAUGCAAAGCUGAAGCAGCUAGUGGAAGAAAACGAGCAAAGGCGAAAUCAAGAGGUUCUGAAAAGGAAGCAAUCAACGCAUGCACAAAGGAAGGCUGAUAAGAUGAGGACAUUAAGGAGGACAGUGAGCUUGGGAUGGUGAACUGAGAAUAGAAACUCACAAUACUCAGCUUAAUGAUCAGGCAGUUUAGCUUCAUGUACAUCUAAAAACAAUAUCUCCAAAUUAAAUGUAUUAGUCUCUUUUUAUUAUUUUUUCUUGAAGGGUCUAUGUGAAUAAGUAUUUAAUUAAUUAUGUUAAACUUCU